CUUUUCUUUACCUCACUGAAGAGAAACCGGAUGUGCUCAUGUGAUUGACAGGCAGAGGGGAACUUGUGAAAGUGACUUUGCCAUACAAAAAGAAACCCACAGCUGUCUUGGGCUUCCAGAUGAGAGGGAGUUGCAGAGACAUUUGAUUCUGGGAACAUCUAGUGAUCAUGGAGCCAAAGAAAAUCAGGGAAGGAUACCUUGUGAAAAAGGGCAGUGUGUUCAAUAGCUGGAAACCCAUGUGGGUUGUAUUACUGGAAGAUGCAAUUGAAUUCUACAAGAAGAAAAGUGACAACAGUCCCAAGGGAAUGAUACCUUUAAAAGGAAGUACUCUUACCAGCCCCUGCCAAGACUUUGGUAAAAGAAUGUUCGUGUUUAAACUUGCCACAACCAAGCAGCAAGACCACUUUUUCCAGGCUGCCUACUUGGAGGAGAGAGAUGCCUGGGUACGGGAUGUUAAAAAGGCAAUUAAGUGCAUUGAAGGAGGACAGAAAUUUGCUAGGAAAUCUACCAGGAGGUCUAUUCGACUGCCAGAAACCAUUGACUUGAGUGCCUUAUAUUUAUCCAUGAAGGAUACUGACAAAGGAAUCAAAGAGCUGAAGCUAGAGAAGGACAAGAAGGUGUUCAACCACUGUUUUACAGGAAACUGUGUGAUUGACUGGCUGUUAUCUAAACAAUCUGUCCGGAAUCGUCAGGAAGGUCUCAUGAUAGCAUCUUCAUUGCUAAAUGAAGGUUUCCUACAGCCUGCUGGGGACUUGUCCAAAAAUGCAAUUGAAGGAACUGCUGAAAACUCCUUCCUUGAUAACCCUGAUGCUUUCUACUACUUUGCAGACAGUGGAUUCUUCUGUGAAGACAAUUCCAGUGAUGAUGAUGUGGUUCUGAAGGAAGAAUUCAGAGGAAUAAUUAUUAAGCAAGGGUGUUUACUGAAGCAGGGCCAUCGGAGGAAGAACUGGAAAGUGAGGAAGUUUAUUCUGAGGGAGGAUCCUGCCUAUUUGCACUACUAUGAUCCUGCUGGGGGAGAAGAGCCACUGGGAGCAAUUCACUUGAGAGGUUGUGUGGUCACAGCAGUGGAGAGCACCCCUGAUGCUAAGAAGAGUGGUGAUGAAAACCUUUUUGAGAUCAUCACUGCUACUGAAAUUCAUUAUUUCUUGCAAGCAGCCACUCCUCAGGAGCGCACAGAGUGGAUCAAAGCCAUUCAGGUGGUCUCCCGGACUGGAAAGUGAAAAAGAACCUUCAGCACUUGCAAUUCUCAUGGACUUAGUUGUUGAAGUUUCUCCCCAAACCAUCCAAAUAGGAGGAAAGGAAGACCUGGGCAGAGGGCGUUUGGUGAAAUUUAUGAAUGUAAUAAGCUCUCUUUUUGAUGAUUCCUGUGUUCUAAUUCCUACCCAGGCCCUUUUUUGUUCAUCUUUCUUUGAGCAGAUCCAACUACUUUGUGACCAUGGGAAAAUAUGGGGUCCCAUUUCCUCAUCUGCAAGAAGAUAAGGGGAGCUACAUAAUCUCUAAUGAUCAUAACCAUGAUGGCAAAGCAUAUAUUCCUCCUCUGUUAGAUGAGAGUACACAGUUCUUCCAAAUGUGUUAUAGAUCUGAUGAGAGACUGCUUCCUUUUAAAAUAUCCCUGAAAAAUGAGUUUAAAAAAUGGACUAGUCCAUCAAUAGUUUUUUUUUCCCCUUUGCUUAUUCUUCUCUUUCCCUCUUCUUAGGGGAAUUUAGGUGAAUAAGAAUAGGUGAAUUUAGUCAGUUUGCCUUAUUUACCUUGGGUAGAGGUAUUUUUAGGCCUGUAUUAAAAAAGGAUUUCCCCUCCCAGAGAGAUAUUGCAUAAAAUAGAGAUUCUUUCUUUCAAGAAAAAGGAGGGAGAUAGCUAGGUAAUUCAGUGGCUAGAGAGCCAGGCUUGUAGAUUGGAGGUCCUUGGUUCAAAUCUGGCCUCAGACACUUUCUAACUACGUAACCUUGGGAAAGUCACUUAACCACAAUUGCCUGACUCUCACCACUCUUCUGCUCUGCAAUUGGUACUUAAUAUUGAUUAAAAGCAGAAAACAAAGGUUUAAAAAAAGAAGAGAAAAAUAGUAUGUCAGAUAGUAUUUCCCAAAGAAGUACAUAUUUUACAAGGGAAUUGUACUCUGCUGACCAAGUAAGGACUUAUUCUUUCAUAUUCUCUUCCUAAAAAGAACUGAGACUCUAAGUACCAAAGCUUUUUUUUUUUUAUCUUGGUUCUUCCAAAUUUAUGUAUAAAGCAAAGUUUGUCUUUGUUAUUCCCAGAGUCUUCUUAUACUCCUUCCCAUAUUAAAUGUCAAGCAUACUUUGACUUCCUAUUUUUUCCUUAUUAUCAAAACUGAGAGGAUCAGAUAUUAGUUAUUUUCACUUUUGUGUGAAUUUGAGUCAAUUUAUUUCUUCUCUCAUGUAAAUUUACCUUAAAUCCUCAUCUGUGGUUGUUGAAUAAAGACUUUUCACCUGUUAAAGGAUUUUUAGGCAUUAGUGAUAGGUGAGAGGAAUUUGGGGCAGGUUUAGAUAGUCUGAAAUCACACUGAAUAAGUUGGUACCUAUAAUAUGAAGCUGGUACUGAUCCUAGCUCAGGACAUCCUUCUCUUUGUUACAUUUAGAGAUUAUAUCUUGGCAACCAGGUGGCUCAGUGGAUUGGGAAUGAGACUCAGAGACAGGAGAUCCUGGGUUCAAAUUUGGAUUCAGGCAUUUCCUAGCUAUGUGACCCUGGACAAGUUACUUAACCUCCAUUGUCUAGUCUUUACCAUUCUUCUGCCUUAGACUCAAUAUACAGUAUUAUUUCUAAGAUGUAAAGUGAAAGUUAAAAAAAAAAAAGAAAAAAAGAUGAUUAUCUCUUCCUACCCUUCGUGUUAUAUUUGAUUCUUAAAAUGAAAGGGAAAAUGACCCUAAUAUGUGACAUUAUACUUCAGUUGUUUGUUAAGAUGUGCAAUGGUAUGAAUUCCACCCACAGACAAUAGCCAAGACCCUGGCCACCCUCACUGAUAUACAACUGUGUCCCAAUGGAACAUUAACUCUCUAAUUGGGUCUUGGCCUAUUGGGAAAUGGGAAAACCAGAGUUUUAAAACUAUUCACAGUGGUGGCAGUGGAUGUUGUAGAGAAAAUCUUCAUUACACUAACUUAUUGCACUUAGGUCUUGCAUUUAUUCUAGGCUUACAGACAUCACCUAGCGCCAUCUUUCUGAUUAACCCUGGAAGACUCCCCAUGAAUCCUUCUCCCUAUUCAUGAGUCCAGUCAGGGAGAAGCUGCCACCAAAGCCUUUGUUUGUGGCUUUAACUUCAUCCACUAAUCUGUGAUUCUGCUUCAGCAUAUCUUACAGUAAAACUGGUAGUUUCAAGGUGGCAUUUUCAGAAAGAGAGGGAAGCAAGAAGUCCUCUUUCCUUGUUAACCUUUUUACUGCUCACUUCCCCUUGUCUCCUGCUCCCACUCCAUGACCAAUCUUAUGAAAUCCUUGAUUCAUAUGGCCCAUCCCAUAUGUAGGGAGAUAAGUCUGUGGUUCACAGCAUUUUUCCAGUGGUAUUCUUUUCUCAAACAUGCACAGUACUUUCUUUUCAUUCACAAAUGGCCUAUUUAUUGAUAUGUAGUCAAAACUUUGUGUUCUAUAGAAGUGAAAUAAACAUGGAUGUUUAUAUAUCUCA